UGACAUGACCUUCAGAGCUUUAGAGAAUGUGUAAGGCCUACAUCUAAGUUAAGUUUUAAGAUACCGAAGAGCAGUAUGGUUUCCUUUCGAACCAAAGUGCAAUUGCAAUAGUACCUUGAUGUGCAUUUAAUAACCAGUUAAUUGUGGCACCUGGCUAACGGCACUCAGCGGAAUGCGUCGCAGUAACGCGGUGUGGAAGUUCAGGAGGUAGUGAAUGCUGAGAAGCCCAAACCCAGCAGAGGCUCUUCCCUAUUUACCCCGUGGUAGACAAACCCCUCUGUUCACACAGUGCAUGAGAGUUGUUACAAGUCUGAAAACAUACUCGGAUUGCCAUAAGAAUAAAUCCAGUAGUCUCAAGACUAUUUCAGAGCCACUGAUGCUUCUGGUGCCUGAAAGAUUGCUCUUAGCGUUGCCCGGGCUGGAUGGAGAUGCCGGUUGCAGAAGAGCUCCCUCCGGCGCUGUGCAGCGGAGUUGAUUUGCGUCACUGUAGGGAGAAGCAGUGGCGCUUACCUGCGAGUGCUGCUUUGAAGUGGAAAUCUCAUUUUGAUUUAAAAUAUAUUUUAUUGUGCUAUACGCAGAACUUUUGAUCGUAUCGCUGUGCUGUUGUAGUGCCACAAAAUGGUCUCAAGGGGGCAGCCGAAGGACUCUUUUGGCAGAAGGAAAUCGUGAUACUGCAGACCCUUGGCAUGUCCCGGUACUAGCACUGAAAGAGCUUGGGGGAAAAUGCGGGGUGUUUAUUACUUAAUGGGUUGCUGACCUUAUGGCAUGGGUCCUUGGAGUGGUCUGCCAAGUAGAGGUCAGCUUGGGGUUGAUUAGUCCUGAGAAAUGUCAUAAAUGCUGGUAUUGGUUGGUUAAAAGUGGCUGAACGUGCCCAAGUAGUUUGUCAGAAAGGCAUCGUUUACGGCUGCAGUGUGCUAUUGCUGUACAAUGUGAUUUUUAUUUUUGAGUCCAAGCGUGCAGCUCUGCUAGUUCUGUCAUUUUCUUCCACUAGAUGGCCUGAGCAUGCUUUCAAGCUCUCUAGGAGAUCUCUAACUUCAUUUCUGAAAUAAAUGUUAUCGUAACUGAAGUUAAAGUUCUACAUCACACACACAUGUAAACUGAUGUGAUGUUUUGUGCUAGUUUAAAACACAAACACUUUAUAUUAACUAACGCUUUCUUCGGUUGAUAUAAAAAUACACGGUAGUGGAGGUGGUAUCAUGUAUGAUCUUCCAGGUCCCUCUUUUUCCUUUCCUUAGUUAAAACAUUUCGUUUCUUUCUUUUUCAGGCCAACGUAAUUGAUUGAUUUUUUUUUUUUUUUUUUUUUUGCUGCUUGCUUUUGUUGUACAGAGCUUUGAUAACAGCUUUGCAGUUAAUUUUACCAGUAUAGAUGGUACAAGGAAAAUGAAUUGUAUUUCUGAAUUUGUUCCUAACUUCAGUAAUUUGGAUUGUUACAGCUUUUCUUUCACUUCUGAGGUUCCUGAUGUGGUAUUAGACCAUCAGAAAAGUCUUUGUGUGCUUUUUUCCCCUCCUAAAUUGCCAUCCCUCACACCCCUGAAAAAAAAAAAAAAAAAAGGGUGCCAUAUAGAGGGAAGACUUUGUUCCUUUACUUCACUGCUGCACUUGACAAACAUCCUCUCUGCCCUACUGUUUUGUAUCAUUACCCUUAGUGUCUCCUUUUAACGGGGACAAGUAGUAGGUUUUUCUCUUAUUCCUGUUUCUCUUUUGCUUUUUCUCUUCAUGGCAGAGAUCCAGCUGCUGUCCCUUCCUCUGCACCUGACCGUGUGCUCCUUCUUUCCUUCCUUUUCCCAUUGUCUGUAUUUGGCCUGCCCUUGCCACCUUCCUGCUCCUCUCUCCUUUUCUGGCUGGCUAAGUCAAAAUGUGCUUGCGUGCUAGGAUGGACGUAAAUGGAGUAUUAUCUUGGUGGAGGGAAUAUUGGUGCCAGCAGUCAGUUUUGCUCCUGUUUGUGGCUCUGCUGAUACAUGCUGGAGUUCUGCGUUUGCAGUAUUUUUUCCCCUUUCCUGCUUUCUCGUUCCUUGCAAAAUCAAUAACUUUCAGCUCAUUUAGCAACACGCCACACACAGUUUGCCAGUUGACCCAGGUGCAGAGAACUUUCUAAAUAAGGUGGUUUUGUGGUAGAAGUAUAGGCUUAAGAAAAGAGAUUAAAAAUGAUCCUAUUGGGAUUUCUUUCUGAACUCAUACACUGACACUCUGCAUGGGAGAUAGGCUGCACGGCCUUGUUACUGCUGUUAUUAGUCAUCAAGGCUUAACUCUUAGUUGUGACUGGAAAGCAAACUGAUGAAAGUAAUUCUGUUCUUGACAUCCUGGUAGUGGAAAGCAUAGAUACAGGACUGAACAUUUAAUACCAUAUUUUGGUUAGUAGCAUGAGUUACGAUUUAGUUCUAAAUUUUAUUAUUGAGCAUAUUUAAUAGCAAGUGUGAAGCAGAGUGGGUUUAAAUCUUUGCAAUAGGAAUGUAGAUAGGUGUCUUUUGUUUACGUAUAAUUUUACAUGCUCUAAAUUACACAUCUUCUACAUGUUUGUUUGUUUUUUUUUAAAAAAAAAGGGAGAUAGGAGAUUACCUAAAGAUGACGCGAAGGUUUUCCAGCCAGUGUCUCAAGUCUACAAACUUAGCACAUUUUUAGUAGCCGUAGGCAGCUGAUGGAGAUGUCACUAGUAGAUUUGGGAAAGAAACUUCUAGAAGCUGCACGAGCAGGACAAGAUGAUGAAGUUCGCAUUUUGAUGGCAAAUGGAGCGCCUUUUACCACAGAUUGGUUGGGAACAUCUCCACUUCAUCUAGCAGCACAGUAUGGACACUACUCAACGACAGAAGUGUUGCUGAGAGCAGGUGUAAGUCGUGAUGCCAGAACAAAAGUGGACAGAACUCCAUUACAUAUGGCAGCAUCAGAAGGCCAUGCCAGCAUAGUAGAAGUCUUACUUAAGCAUGGUGCCGAUGUCAAUGCAAAGGACAUGCUCAAAAUGACUGCACUUCACUGGGCUACUGAACAUAACCACCAAGAAGUUGUAGAACUCUUAAUAAAGUAUGGAGCAGAUGUUCAUGCUCAGAGUAAAUUUUGCAAAACUGCAUUGGACAUUGCAAUAGACAAUGGAAAUGAAGACCUUGCUGAAAUAUUACAGAUUGCAAUGCAGAACCAAAUCAAUACGAAUCCAGAGAGUCCGGAUACUGUGACAAUACAUGCAGCAACACCACAGUUCAUCAUUGGACCUGGAGGGGUGGUGAACCUAACAGAUGAGACAGGAGUGUCUGCUGUGCAGUUUGGAAAUUCAUCAACAUCGGUGUUAGCCACGUUAGCGGCUUUAGCGGAAGCAUCAGCACCGUUGUCUAAUUCUUCAGAAACACCAGUUGUGGCGACAGAAGAAGUUGUGACUGCAGAAUCUGUGGAUGGUGCUAUUCAGCAAGUUGUCAGUUCUGGAGGUCAGCAAGUUAUUACUAUAGUUACAGAUGGCAUUCAGCUUGGUAAUCUGCAUUCAAUUCCAACCAGUGGAAUAGGGCAGCCAAUCAUUGUGACCAUGCCAGAUGGACAGCAAGUAUUAACAGUUCCAGCAACAGAUAUUGCUGAAGAAACUGUGAUAAGUGAAGAACCGCCAGUCAAGAGACAGUGCAUUGAGAUUGUUGAAAAUCGUGUGGAGUCUGCAGAAAUAGAAGAAAGAGAAACUCUUCAGAAGCAGCUGGAUGAGGCAAACAGAGAAGCACAAAAAUAUCGUCAGCAGCUUCUAAAGAAAGAGCAAGAAGCAGAGGCCUAUCGGCAGAAGUUAGAGGCAAUGAACCGCCUCCAGACUAAUAAAGAAGCUGUUUAAUAAACGAGAACACACUGCAAAGCCUGUUACUUUCAAAAACCUGCAGUACAAUCUUGAACUGUACACUGUAUAGGUACAGACACAGGAUUACAUGAUAGAGAAGAUGCUACAAGUUGAUAACUGGACUUAAGCCGUGAGCUCUGAUGAAUUUCUUGUAACAUAAAAAUUCUGAAUUUAGAAAUUGUGAAAAGUAUUUAAAAUGAAAUACUGUAAAUAGUUGUUUUUUUUUACAGUUUCAAAAUAAGUUGAUAAAUCUUUUUGAAGGGAUCCAGAAACAUGAGAAGCCAAUGUUUUUGUGAAAUUUUUGAUUUUAGUAUGAAUCUAACUUCUGAAAAACAGGACAGUUUUAAGGGUGAUGUUGAUUUAAGCUGACAACUUGAAAAUGAAUUAUGUGACAAAAUGAAUUAACAGUUAUUUCUACAUGGUAACAACUUAAACUUCUCUGAAUAAGUCAUUUCCAGGUGGAAAUCUUUGUACAGCUUUAAAUAGUUGUCUCAGAUUCUCUGAAAACCAUUUUUUGGGUUUUUUUUAGGCGGUGAAAUUUUUAUAUUUAAUUUCAAAUAUAUCCAAGUAGAUUUACCUGUAUAUGAAGCUAAUAUUUUUUAAACUUUUCAGUUUGUACAUAUGCUGCAUGUUUUUAUAAUUUCUACACAUACAUCUAGCCUAAGUAUUUUUCAGCAAAGAUGAGAAAAAUGUUUAGCCUAUAGGUCAUUUGAAGUAAGCUAGCAGCCAGUUUUAUUGUGGAUGGUAUAUUUCUUGAAAGAAUGUAAUUUGUAAUCAAAACAAAACAGAAAAUCCUAAUUUACAUAACAGGCAAAAUUUGAUAGUGGAGGCAUUGAAAUUUUGUGUCUUACAGUUUUCACAUACAAACAUUUUAUAAUUCGGUAAUGAGUGGAAAAGAAUGUCUCCACUGGAACACAAAGAGUAGUUCUUUUAGAAUAUUCUAUUGAUCUGUUUUCCCCAAUAGCCUUGACAUUAUUUCAUUGAUGCAUUUUCUAAACAGACUUUUCCGUUUUAAUUAUGCAAUUGGACAAGGAAUUUUUUAUGUUGUAGUGAUGCUGCUCUUACCUAGCAUCAUUGUUCUUCACUGUGAUACUGUGUUUGUGUGUGUCUGUGCAGUGAUAUAUUAUACUUAAGAUUUAUAUAAAACGUAACAUCUUCAGAGCAUUGUAAAAUCUUUUAAAGAACCCUUACUAUACUGCCUGAGGCAGGUAAGUGAGUGUCUCAAUUUUAUAACUGGUAUAAGCGCAACACAGGGAGUGUUAAACAAUUGGCCCAAGACCACGUGAAUCUGUGGUAGACCUGGGAAUGGAUCUCAGGAGUUCCUGGCUUCUAGUCCUGUGCUUAGACUGAGCUGCCUUAAGAUUGUUCAGUGCUGUGUUACAUACAUUUUGAACUACUGUGCAGAUUCCUUUUUUGUAAGAUAAAACUAUUUGUGCUUUGCUUUGUUGUUGUUCCAUGUUUCACUGCUUUUAUGGAAUUGUUUAUAUAAACUUAAGCAAAAAGUCUAGUUUAUCUAUACUGUAUACAGAAGAAUUACCCUUAAAACUGUACUCUGGCCUACUUUUUCUAUUUUACAAUUAAAUAUCUUUUCCACA